AUGGCCGCCCCGGCGGAAGACCCCGCCGAGGCGGCCGCUGACCGGACCGACGUCCCGGACUCGCUCGGAGGGCGCCGAACCUUCGCGCCCGCCCGACCCGGCGUCAACGUCGCGCACGGGGAGGACGCGCUGAGGGCGUACCUCGCGUGGGAUGGCCACGCGCGCGCCGCGCACAUGGACCCGGACGCCUUCGCGCGCUGGCUCGAGCGCGAGGUGCUCCAGUACAUGACCGCGAACCGGGCGUCGCUGCUCCGCGCGAGGGCGGACGGCGUGCGGCGCCUUCACGCGUCAACCCUGGAUCCCCUCGCGCACGCGCUGGAACGCGCGGAGGCGGAGUACCGCGGCUCCGCGGAGGGCGCGAGGAUCGAGCGCGCGAUGCACGCGGUCGCGCGACGACGCGCGGCGGUGGCGGGCAUCCGAAGCUUUCUCGAGUCCACCCCAACUACGCCGGAGCUGGCGGCGAAGCAGGCGGCCGCCUCCGACAAGCUGGAGCACGCGCUCGCGUCCCUCCCGGCCGCCGAACUCGAGCUUAAAGACGCGGUGGCGUCGUCGCCGCUGUGGCGCGACGUCGAACGCGCGCGCGACGCGCUGCGAGCCGAACGCGCGCGAACCGGCUUGGCAUCCGCCGACGACGACGCGAGAGCCGCUUCGACGGCAAACGGCAACUCGCUCGUCGCUAAAGGGGACGACUACGAGAAGACGUGCGCGGACGUCGUCGCGGACGCGUUCCUCGCGGGGGGUCUGAUCGAGGGUGCCGACUGGGGUGCCGACGGGGACGCCGACCGGGAACGCGAGGGCGUCGGCGUCUUGCUGCUGCGAAACGUCACGCUCGGGCUGCACAGCGGCGAGCUGGACUGCGUGCUGGUGCGGGUGAACCACUCGGGAGAGACGGAGAGCGCGUUCGUGGAUGCGAUCCCGCAAGACGGGGACGGGACGACGGGGCGGCGCACGCUGGCGCGUCGCGGGCGAACGGCGGCGGCGGCGGCGGUGGCGGGGGACGACGGCGACGACGAAAAAAACCAAAAAAACCAAAAAAACCAAAACCGUCCGGCGGUGGAGGUGCUGGCUGUUUUCGAGUGUAAGCGGAACCCCGACGACGUGGCGCGUGGGUUCCACUCGCGGCAGACGACGCUCGCGUGGCUCGCGGGGGACGAGGCCGCGUACGACCCGCGCGAGUGGGCGAACCGGCGGCACCCCAGCGGGCACUUCCGCCGCGGGUACCACCCCAUGAAACUUGCCAGGUGGGUUCGCGGCGGGGGUGGCGAUGAGUCACCGGGCGGGUCAAAGUACGGGAAGGCGGUGGUGCUGACGCGCGACAGCUUCCGCGGGUUUCGUCGCACGCACCGUACCGCCGAGGGGCGCGGUGGAUUUUACCUGGACGGGGUGUGGAUGGUGACGCGGCCUCGCACGAUGUGCGGCCUCGACGCCAAGCUUCGAGCGCCGCUGAUGGAGAUCGCGGGUAGCCACGUCAGCGCACACGUGGUCCAAUCGCGCGGCGGCUCCGUGCCCUCUCCGGAGGAUUUCUUUCUCGCCGUCGAUGCUCUCCGCCGCGAGAGGCACGCCUCGCCGCCUUCGUCGAACGGCGACGAUCCCUUGCGAGCCAAGCUUCGUACCCUGCACGGGUGGCUCCUCAGAGCCGUGGGCGAGAAGAGCGCCGCGCUCCCCAACGAUACGCGGGGUGUUUUGGAACUGUACCUGGACAGAGGGGAGCGGAGCGCGCGUCAGGUGCUUCUGGUGGAGGAGCAGCCCAACCCUCGGUGA